GUAUUUUUAAAGGAUCUAAACAUGGAAAGGUUAGCGGGUACCCGUAAAAUCUUGGAAGAUUCGUUGAAACAAAAGAACUGGUUCACAGGUUUAUUGGAGAAGGUGGAAAAAAAGUCAGGUGUCGACAGACUAUACAUCGUUACUGGAAGUGCUGUAUUGAUAUUUCUGUACCUAAUUUUCGGUUAUGGGACUAGCUUCAUUGCAAACCUUAUUGGAUUCAUCUAUCCAGCAUACAGAUCGAUCAAAGCAUUAGAGACGUCUGAUAAGGGGGAUGAUACAAAGUGGCUCACUUACUGGGUUGUUUUCGCAACAUUCAGUGUUAUCGAGUCAUUAACUGAUAUAUUGUUUUUUUGGAUACCAUUGUAUUCGCUGCUAAAGUCUCUAUUUUUCUUGUUUAUGAUGAUCCCAACAUCACCUAACGGAGCUAUCAUAAUCUACGAAAAAGUUAUUAGACCUAACUUUUUGGCUCACGAAAAAAAUAUUGACAAGUUUAUCAAUGAGGCAUCAGAUUUGGCUGGUGAUUUUGGAAAUGCCGGUAAGUGACAUCUGCGGAAUGUGUGGUACGAAUUACCGUUUACUUUCGAAUCUUUGGGUUACUAGGUUGGUCUGAAUAACAUCAAACCACAACAACCUUACUCAGUACUUCCCUCCGGAAACGUCAUCUAUAAGUUGACUGGCAAGGUUACGUAAGGCAGUUAGAUUAAGAUCUCAGCUAGAGCCCGAGAACUGGACGUAGUUCCAUCUGACCGGUCGUCCUAGUCUGCGAGAAAGGAGGAAAUACAUUUUGCGGUGACAGCAGAGAAAUCAGUCCGACUAUCAUAGUACCUGGAAUAUUAGCUUCAAUAAUCCAAGUGUGUGUGAAGGGUGAACUUAGGAAAACCAAACUGGUUUCAAAACUAAACGGAUGUGUAGACCUAAUGUUUGCCCUCCGCCAGAUUACUAAACGCAGAUGUACCCACUGACUCCCAACUAUGGUUGUGUUUGUUAACUCUAAGGCAGUGUUUGGCUCCGUGAAUCAAUAGGUUUUGUAGUUACCGAAAGGCGUUCCAAUAAAGUAUAUUAGUGUUAUGAAUCAUCAUCGGAAUCGAUAACUUCAAAUAGUAUGUAUCUGGGGUUUCUGAAUUCCCUAUUAUUAUUCAUCUUUGUCAUAUACAUUCGUUAGCCCCCAAAUGCCUUGGUACGGCCGAGAGUUGGGAGAAUCGGCUCUCCCUCUCGAAAUUCUCUCACACGGCCACGCGUAUACAGCCUCUGCCAGGGAAGUCCUACUCACUGCCUUCUCGUGGCGUGGUUGUUGUUUACGAAAAUGAGAGAACGAAAAGCGAAUGUCCGGCGCUUUAACCGGAUUCCAAACCAAUGGUGCACAUGGGCUCCAGUAACCUGAAGGAACAAAUGGCGUAUGAACCAAUUGUUGGUCACCGGCUUCCAUGGGACUGCAUCUCCUUACGAUGCUCCACUGCCUUGUGGAUCAGACCUUCAAGUCGAAGGCUCUGGGUGUGGCCUCUUAAGAAAACCACCUGCUUCGGUUUGGGCACCCGGGCGGUAUCACAGCCCUCACACAUCAAAUGAGAUUUGUGUGGCGCAUAUGUAUUUGGUGUCUCCUUGUACCAAUAUCUAUGUGUUAAAAUAAAAUAAAUAUAAAUUCGUUAAGAGAUAACAGUUUCAUCGUCUAAUAAUGACAAAAACUGAGAAGUACAGUUUUCUAACCAUCUUAAGUAUCAGUGGCAGGAUGUUUGAGAUGCGUUCCUCUCAGAAAUUCAAAAUAUUGCUUCUGGACCGGUCUGUAUCAAUUUCUGAAUUGAUGAUAGGGGGUGAAGUAGCUGAGUGUGUCGGUCGUUUCACUUAUCCUGUCUCAUCAACCUUGGUUGGUUGUUUGACAAAAUCUCGGGACAACUUGCGAGAUAUUCGUCUGCCAUCCAAUGGACGAGUUUUCUGUGCAUCGUUUUGCUCUGUUCUGUUUUAUCGCUGUAAAACCGACUACCUCAGGGGCGUAUUUGGAGCUAUAUCUGACAUCUCAAACCACUGUAGCUAGAGAAUCGUGAAUAACCAACAUAUGCUUGUCCCAUAUAGCUUUCUUUCAAGCCACGACACCAUUUCAUAAACCUAUCACUGCUUUUUCUAAGCAACCCCAGCGUUGGGAAAUAAUGCAUGAUGUGAAAUUCUCUGUGACAACGUUCAUGGUACAUGUCCAAGUCACCAAAGUUGGUCUUUCAAGACAGUGACACUAAUUGAGUUAUUGUCAAUGUGCCCGAGCACACGUUGCUGAAUCUCUACAUUACUAGCGUGGUGUUUCUACUGUAUGUUGAUAGUCCUUCAUAGACAACAGUGACCAAACAUAGUCACUUAACAUCCUAAAUACGGUGAGGCUAGUUUUCACAAGCACUGAGCAAAACUAUUCUCAUCGGCGCGUUGUAGGUCCGAACUUUUACAGCCAGAUUAACAUCACAAAGGCAUCAAAGUUGGUCAAGAUUAGCAUAAACGUCUCUGGCUUUCGAUAUACUUGAGUUGAUCCCAUCGCUCACGCCAUCACCAACAAUUACCCAUAUACACAGACUUUCCGACCACCAACUACUCACAACCAAGAAUGAGUGCAGGCACUGGUUCUGCCAGUUUUGUACUAUGUGCUUGAAAGAUGUCAAGCGCAUGACAUUCCUAAGGACACUGAUUUUUAACUAGUGAAGUAGCAGUUGCAUGGUUUGAGUAUCAUUUCAUAGUAAGACAAUAUCGUGUGCACACUCAAAUUAACAGAUGCAUACCGGUAGGACUAUUUCAGGAAGACAAUUUUUUCUGACAAUACUUUUAAUUCACUGGUAGUUUAAUUAGUAGAGGUGAAAAUGAAAUGAUAUCACAGUUCAGUUGGUACUUGCACUUGCAUCCAUGUGAUGCAUAUAAAGUUAUGUAUUUGUCAAAAAGGUUUACACUCAUUUCAAAGAAAAUGUAUGUGGUCCAAAAAAGUCUAGGCUCAUCCAACUAUUAGAAAAUAUGGCCAAACUGUUCAGCUGAAUUAAGUUAUUGUUAUGGGUUAUUCUGAAAGGAAAUACCGGGAAGGCUGUUAAACGCUUUAAAUAUGAAACGAUCUUACUUCAUUGGUAAUUACCAAUCCGAGUCACGUAGGGGAAGACUUUCGAAUUUUGUGAUCGAAAACAUUGGGUGAAAUAAGUCAAAAUCAAUUGUUAUAACACUAAUUAUGUAUCUUUUCCCAUGUUUUUUUGCACUUUAACUUCUUGUUAUUGCAUUCAUAUUUCGUCUUUAUCUUCUUUGUGACCAGAUAAUAUUAAUAUUUUAUUCUUGUUAAGAUGUUAUAUUUAAAGGAUCUUGUGUAUUUCUGAAGUUCAUUUGUUUGGAUAUAUCCUUCCUGUUGUGAUGAGAUGAAGUGUUUGUGCUUUUGAAUUUCAGCUAAAAAGAAGGCUACUGAAGCUAUUUCACAUGAUUUAAUGGGAAAAAAAGACUAAUACUACCAACUAGUUUUUAUUUUGAUUGCGAACCGUAGACUAUUCACUAAAAUAUGCCAAAUAGUUUUAAGAAACUCCCCAAUGUCCAUUAUUCGUUGCUGCAUGUUCUAAAUUGUGGACCCGUUUAUGUUUGCCAUUGACUUUUUAUUUUAUCUUUUUCUCUCGUUUUCAUUCCAAGUUAAAUGUACUUUCUGCUUUGGCCCUUAUCUUCCUAAGUUUAUUUAAAUCCGCAGUAUCCAAUUUAAAAACAUUAUUCGUAAAGAUAAUGACUUUACAUCAAAAAGGUAACUGUAUGUUGUAAUUUUAUGUAAACUGGACAUUACAAAAAAUGCAUCCUAAUUUUCGAGUUAAUCUUUUCUUUACCAUUAGACAAAAUGUGACGGCUUAACAAAAUGUACGUUUUUUAUGCUUUGUCUUUUCAUUUGUACGUAUAUGUUGUUGAAAGAUCUCUUCAUUUCCUCAUUUGUAUCAUUGCUUCUUUUCGUGUCACUAACCUCUUAUUUAAUAAAGAAUAGAAUGUG